ACGGUGGUUGCUGGCCUGUGGUCAACCAGUAGCCGUGUGCUCGGCUACCCCAAUUUCAAGAGCGGACGCGGCGCAUAGGCUGGCAUGAACCUCGCCAGACAUUCUAUCUCGUCGAUCAAUCCAAUCCGUGUUCUGGAUGCACGCUUCGACCCUGCUUGCGAGAUCUUCACUGCAGCCACUCCAGCAGGCUUCGCCGUCUAUCGAACAUGUCCUCUUGAGCUCGUGCGUAAGCGAGAGCUCACCGGCGGGACGUUGUCCAUGGUGGUUCCCCUGCAUACUUCCUCGUUGUUGUUCCUCGUAGGAGGUGGUCGCAGCCCGCUCUAUCCGCCCAACAAGGUGGUCUUCUGGGACGAUGUACUUGGCGCGGAAGUUGCAGAGCUUGAGUUCAGGGAGCGUGUGCGCGGUGUAACUUGUCGUCGGGGAUGGCUGGUGGUCGCGCUGCGGCGACGCGUCGUGAUCUUCCAACUCAGCAAGGAGGAUCCCCAGAUCCGGCGGCAUAGUGAAUACGACACCUGCGAGAACUUGAAAGGACUCGCCGCCCUUGCUACGGCACCACACUCCACAUUACUUGCUAUACCCGGCCGACAGAUGGGUCAUGUUCAGCUUAUUCACCUUCCACCAUGCGCACCUCCUCCACCGACACCCAGCAGACCCGCACCUCCGCUCAAGCCACCGCCAACCCCGAGCAAACGACCCGUACCCAUGAUCAUAGCUCACGACAGCGGCCUCACGACGCUCACGGUGCCGCCUUCGGGCAGAUUGUUGGCCACAACAUCUUCUCGAGGUACACUCGUGCGAGUCUGGGACACGCACUCCGGCAAGAAAGUUCGCGAGCUGCGGCGCGGCACAGACAAGGCCGAUAUCUAUGGCGUAGCAUUCCGGCCAGACGAACAGGAGCUAUGCGUAUGGAGCGACAAGGGAACAGUCCAUGUGUUCACGCUCGGGGCUGACUCGGCUAAUCGACAAUCGUCCUUCUCGCAACUCUCGCAAUAUCUCACCCUGCCGAAGUAUCUGAGCUCAGAAUGGUCAUACGCUCAGUACAGAGUGCCAACGCAGUCGUCGCACAUCUCUAUAUCGAACGCGGGAAAACAUCCUGAUGGUGAAAACGUGGAUGAAGAGCGAUGCGUCGUCGGCUGGAUCGAAGUGGAGGUAGCAUCAUCGAUACCCUCUCCGCCUCAGAGUCCGACGGAUAGAGCCCAAGCUCGACGCUCCUCCGUCGGCUCUGUCAACCCCGGAAUACCAAGACACGAAUACCAGCUCAUCGCCCUCACCUACACCGGUGGCUGGUAUCGAUUAGCUCUUCCAAAGAUCAUACCGUCAUCGUCGACAUCAACCUCGGCAUCUGCACGACCAGGCCUUGCAAGCAUACCGGCGCGCCCAGCAUCCGUUAUUGGCUCACCGCCGAGGGCUGGGUUAGCCAGAUCAACAAGCGCGUCUUCGACGACCGGCCGACAUGACAGGGGGAAGGGCAAGGAGCGCGAGAAGGAGAAAGAGAGCACGGACUGCAUCUUGCUGGAGUUCAGGCGAUACGGCAGGUGGGAUGGAUGGGCUUGACGGAGACUCCUCGAGCUCGUUGUUCCUUCGAGUGUGGACAUAUGAAGUACCUGGCCACGCAUUAUUUCGACGGAUCUGUACGUUCACGCAUGUUUUUCACGACUCUCAUUUGCACGCUUAUUUAUGACCGCCAUGCUUUCUCACAUGUUGUACACCAUGUAUCUGGACAUACCUGUAUCGAUUUAGUAGGCGCUGGGUUUGAGGAUGGCUAGGAAUUCACGCGCUGGUUAGAUAAUUCUGUCGGAAUGGAUUACAUCUGAAUGAUCA